UCGAUGUUCCCAUGUUAACAGGAGGAGGAGGGCGGGGGGAGAUUGUAGGUAAGGAAGCGGAUUGGAGCCCCUGCUUCGGGUGGGCGAGGAGGAGGAGGAGGAGGAAAAGGAGGAGCCUCUCUCCCUCUUGCGCCUUUGCUUGGCUGCCUUUGCCUUUGACGAAGCGCGGCGUCAGGUGGUGCCACGAGAAACGCGCGUGUUGCCAGGCUUCGCGGGAAGGAAGGAGAGAAGGAAAAAGAAGGGGGGAGGCGUGCCUUACACUCGGGUGGCAAAGAAACAACAACAACAUUGGGAAGAAGGAGGAGAAAGAAGGCGGGGGUGUGUUUCUUUCUCUCUCUCGUGAGUUUGUAAACACUGGCCUCGCGCGGAGGGCGGAGCCGUGCGUGUUGUGGCCUCGCCCGGAUUGGCCUCGCAGGGCUGUCCCCUCCCUCCCUCCCUCCCUCCCUCCCUCCUCCCCUCCUUCGUGCCUUCGUCCGCCUUCGGAGAGGCAAAGCAGAGCAAGGAGUCGGUGGCGGCCGUGGAGCCCUCCUGGCCUCUCGCCUUCGGACAUGAGCACCGCGGAGAACUGAAGGCACCAAGCGGAGGGAGGAAGAAAUAAAAAGGGCCAAAUGGCAAAGCAAUCUUCUAAUUUGAAUUCUGAGUGCGACAGAGAAGGUGGGCAACUGCAGCCCGCUGAAAGGCCAGUCCAGCCCCCGCACCUCCGACCUGGGGCCCCAACCUCUUUGCAAACGGAGUACCAAGGUAAUCAUUCGGGCGAACGGGACGCGUCGUCACCCGGUAGCCCUCAGGGACCGUUGGCACCACCCUCCAGCCCCAGUCCGUUUGCGACCAGAUCCCCGUUGUUCAUGUUUGUCAGAAGAUCCCCACUGCUCUCCAGGUCCUCCAGUGGGUAUUUCUCUUUUGACAUCGACAGGAGCCCUGCACCUAUGAGUUGCGAUAAGGCGACACAGACUCCAAGUCCCCCGUGUCAAGCCAUCAACCAUUAUCUAAACACAAUGGGUAAGCAAAGCCAUGCUUCCAGAUGGCAGUCACGGCCAAUUCCUGAAGAUAUGCAGCCAGAAAUAUGGAUUGCACAGGAAUUACGGCGCAUCGGAGAUGAAUUCAAUGCUUCCCACUGUCCAAGAAGGGGUUUCUUGGAUUACCAAGCAGUAAACCAUCAGAUCAUAAUUUUGCGCCUGUUACAUUACAUUGUCCGCUUCAUUUGGAGAAUGCAGUGACUAAUGCUUCAAGAGGCUGCUGGGAUUCUUUACUCAUUUUCAUGAGCAGCAACCGUGAAUUGCAUCUCCGAAUACAUUGAACAGAUCCUUCCUGAUUUUAAGGGACUUUCAGGACAGAGUGAAAGAACUCUGAAAUUUGGCAUUUGGACCUUUACUUUUUAAAAGAAAAGCAGGUUUUUUAAAAUGAAAGUUUCUUGUAAACAAAACUUGAUGGAUGUUUGGAGAAGGACUACUUUUUGGAAACGGGAUUUCACGCACGAGCAAAGCUGACAUUUUGUCGUUGGAACUUUUUAAAAACAACGCAACUUGAAGCUUUCAAGAAAAUGAUCAAAAUUUAAACUGUUCUUAGAACCUGCGGUGGAAUUGACUGAGCCAGCUACUUUGUGAAGCUGCCUUGAUUUUACAUUGAGGAUUUACUGUAUAGCUUUCCAAACAGUGAAAGGCAAGACUCUGGUGACAGAUCCUCCAUUCCUUUCGGAGUAUUUACCUCCACAAGAGUGCAUGGUCACCAAGGGCAAGAUGGAAAGGUUUGAACUGAUACUUCUGUCAACUCCAAAAAUAAAUAAAAAUCUACUGCUGCCCCUGCAUGACUUACACACACAGAAAAGGUUUGCAAAAAGGAACAGGUAUCUGCUGUGUAAGCACCGGAUUGGAUUUCCCAUUGUAUAAAGCUUCUGCCUCUUGCAGCCCAGAAGGAGAUAUGUUGGAAUUUGCUUUGAAAGUUGAGAUUAAACUGUGAAAGAUUUAAUGGUCCAAAUAAUGACACCAGGUUGCCUUUUUACAAUUGUCUUCUUACAAUCUUUGUAUAGACAAACAUGUAUAUUCUGUAACAUAUACGGAGGUGGGGAAGAUGGGGAGCAAUGUAGCAAUAAGUCAUUGCAUGUGGAUGAAAGCAGUUCCUACAUGUGUGCAAUAUUGCCCCGUGUUGUUACAGCAACAGGGUCCUACUGCAUAAUUCCAGGCACUGUUUUGAUCUUCACUCUGCUAUUCUUUGCUGUCCUUUAAAUCCUGUUUUCGUGUCUUUGCUUUUUAACCAUUCUGGAUUAUAUCAUUGCUGCCUUUUUUUCUGAAAGUUUGUAAAAGAGAUAAGAUGACCUCACAACCAUAAUGUGGAAUGUAUAAGGACUACUGACUCGCUGUGUGAGUUUGAAGUCAACAACAGCACAGUGUUCAAUUUGAUCAGAGAGUCAAAAUGCCAAAAGACUAAGCCAGGGGUAAAAUCUUCCGGUUGACAGAUCUUAAAAGGAGUAUUUUCCCCGUUUGGGAGCACCAGUUUCACAUGAGCGGAAUAAUUAAUUGGCUCAUUACCCAAUCUGGAUGAACAGGAUCUCUUUAGUGAUAUGCACACAUGACAGUGUUAUUUACUUACAUGUAUAAUAUAUCCCUUUUCGGAUGAGGCUAUUUUCUAGUCCUUCAAAAGCCUUCUCCCUCUGGCAGCUCCCAACCUUCUGUUAAGCCCCAUGAGAGACCGCUGUUGGCGCUUGCUUUUGGGGGGAGAAGAGAGCAGUGGAGACAAUUAUUGGGGAAAUAAACCAAGGUUGCACUCCGUUCAUGAGUGCACCCUUAUUAUCUACCUCUCUUUCGGCAGAGAUGAGAUGUUGCUUCAUCUGCCGUUUCAUCUCAGCUUCUCCAAACAGUAGCAGGACUCCAAGGGAUAAGGAAGGACACAAAACUGUGUUACAAUCUGCCUACUUGAUAUAGGCCCCCAGACAGUAUUUAGGGAAAUCCAGACUAUUUGCAGUGUGUUAAACUGAGAAACAAGCAGCAUUCUGAACCUAGGCUAACUCACUGCAAACAGGUGAGUUGUAUGGGCUUAAGAAAUUAAAUAAGCAUAGAACCCUAGAGUUGGAAGAGACCAUAAGGGCCAUUCACGCCAACCCUAUUCUGCCUCACAGGAACACACAAUCAAAGCACUCCCAGUAGAUGGCCAUGCAGCCUCUUUUUAAAACCUACAAAAAAGGGGACUCCACCAUGCCCCAAGACAGCAUAUUCCAAGUUAAACAGCUCUUGCUCUUCCUAAUGUUUAGGGUUUUUUCGUGUCAGGAUUGACUUGAGAAACUGCAAGUCGCUUCUGGUGUGAGAGAAUUGGCCGUCUGCAAGGACGUUGCCCAAGGAUGCCCAGAUGUUUUACCAUCCUGUGGGUGGUUCUCCCAUAUCCCCUCAUGAGAAACUGGAGUUGAAAGACGGGAGAUCAUCCCCAGAUUCGAACUGCUGACCUUUGGGUCAGAAAUCCUGCUGGCACAAGGGUUUAACCCAUUGCGCCAUUGAGGGCAAUGUUUAGAUCCCUUGUCCUGCAGUUUGUUUCUGCAAACUAAAUAGAAAGGAGAGGUAAGGAUGGGGAUUCUUGAACUAAAUGGAUUAGAGCACAGCAAGAAUGCAUAGAUUUCCUACUAAAAAGACAAAAUUUCAAAAACGAGCUGCCAUUUUUAAAUGGAGAAGGAUCCCCAUGAUUGCAAGUCCCAUCUCCUUUCUCCAAAUGUUACACAUAGAUUGUAGCAAAACCUAAUGUAUUUGAUGAUUUUUUUUGGGGGGGGGGGCAGAAAUGAAAAUUUAUUAUAGGAGGAAAACCAUAAAAACAAGCUGUUUACCUGUGCUGCACCACAUUAUGGUAAAAUGGUUCAUGUAUGGAUUUUUUUAAAAAUUUAAAUGUGAGAAGGUUUAAGAGGAACUUCCUGGAAGUGUUGAUUCAUUUAAAAGUUUCAGUGCAUUUAAGUGCCCUUUAUUGUGCUCUGACCAUGUAAUGUUUUCCUGUCCAUUGAUCAUGGUGGAGAGACUGCAUACAACAGUGGUUUAUUUUAAUUGUAUAGAAAACAGUUUCCAAAUCUAUUUCUGGUUUCACCCACACCACUGAAAACCAUGUCAGUUUCAAAAAGCAGCUGUUUUUCACCCCUUUAAGCUGUUCAGAAGUGAUUCAGAGUGCUAUUACCAUAUUUCGUUAAGUCUAGGGCACACUUUUUCUGUUUUUAAGGGGCUUCAAAAACAUGGCACGCCCUACAUUUGAUGGUGCCUUAGAUUCAGUGAAAAACAGUAUAUAUUUUUCAGAGUUUUGUCAUCCACAGUACUGAGGCAUCUUCAUAUCCAUUCCCUUUAGCACCCUUGUUUAUAAACAGGCACUAAGCAUUGAUCAUCUUUGCAAAAGUAUUGGAAGGCAUGAGUCCCAGAAUCUCCCAGGUGUUAUGGCCAAAGACUAUGUUGGCUGGGAAAUUCUGGGAAUUAUGGCCCAAGCAUAACUUUCCCAGACUAGAAGCUGCGUUUACCUCUGCCUAAGUUCAACUAUUGGAAAACUAAUUUCCUCUUGUGAUUCUUGUUCCAGGCCCAGCAGGGAAGCAUUGGUUAUUGUUUCUUUAAAUACACUGGGAAGAGACUUAUCUGGAAGCUAAAAUGAUUACAGUGCACCAACACGAAUAUGACCUUGAUAGCUUUGGAGGAAUAUUGUUUUCAUCUCCUUUCUUAGCUUUGGUUAACAACUGUAUAUAUAUUUUUUCCUCCCAAAUUUGUUUUGUUUCUUUAAUUUCAAGCAGAAGUAUUGCUAAAAGGAAUUUGGCCUGUAUAUUUGCUUCUUGUUCACAAAAGACUGGUUAAUUGAAAAAGGCAAGAAAAGGGGUUUUAGCAGCCAAAACAAUAUUGCUCAAAUUGAUAUUGUGCAAUAGGGACUUCUCAUGGCAUUCAAACGCCAGGGAAAUAUAAAGUAGGGAAGUGAAUACAGUAUAUACAGCAAUACAGUAUUGUAUUCUGCCCUCACAAGUGAGGACGAAUAAUUUAGAAUGGUUUUGGGAAACUAUUUUAAACAAAAAUACAGGUUUUUUUUACAUGAGAAUUGAGAUAGCCACGAGAUGAUGGGGGUGCGUAGAAAGCUUCCAAAUUUGAAUUAAAAAAUCCCAGUAUCUAACAAACAUAAAUUUGCCUUUUCUAGUUGGAAAUUUGCCAGUAAACUUGGAUUAGCAGCCUGGGAUUUCAAUUCUACCAUGUUUCCAGUGCAAAUAUUUAAAAAUCUAUUUGAGGCCAUAUUGGCUGAAAUUGGUUACCUGACUCACCCAACACAACGCUUGCAAAUCAUACUAUUUGUGACCAGAUGACAGCUUGCACAAUUAACCAAAGUGCAGUUUCGAAUUGAGAGUGAGUUUUUGUGCCAAGACUUCUGUAUUUGGAGCACUCUGACAUUAACUUCUCUUAGUGUAAUAUUCUAUUAUCAUCCAGUAUUAUCACAGUAGGCAGGAUCUAGAGCAGGCAUGGGCAAACUUGGGCCCUCCAGGUGUUUUGGACUUCAACUCCCACAAUUGCUAACAGCCUACCGGCUGUUAGGAAUUGUGGGAGUUGAAGUCCAAAACGCCUGGAGGGCCCAAGUUUGCCCAUGCCUGAUCCAAAGGGACUCCUACCUGUAACAAGUUGGAAGACAGCCCUUUUCUUCCGUACAGAUGCUGUUGGACUGGAUGGCCUUUGUGGUCCUUUUCAACUCUAGGAUGUUAUGAUUCUUUGGGAUACCCUGGCUUUGUCAUUGGCUUCUUAUCUGUGGAGAGAGCAUGGGCUGAGGGGAAUGAGGAGCUAUUCUGGAAAGGUAUCAGACUGUCAGUGUAUUAUAGUCAUUUUCCCUAAACGUUUUCUCCCCUCCCCCAAAAAAUAAGGCUUGGCUGGCCCAGUGCCUUGAGUUGUGUACACAUACAUGUAUGUGCUAACCCUUAGCCUGGAAGAGCAGUUCGCUUGCUGCCAUGGCUUUGGGCAAACUUAUUGAAAACUGAAGAAGUAUUUUUAAAAAUUCUGUGAAUUAUAACAUAAACAGUGAAGGACAAGAUAUUGGCACUGUGUGGCCCAAACCCAACCUCGCUUGUUUUUCAAGACAUUAACACACCUUAUUCUUUAACAAAUAUCUUAAAAUAUGAAAAAAAAAUUAAAAGUCCCUUUGGGUGGUUUCACAGUUUGGUGCAGGUUUGUGCCUUGGAUAAAUAACCCCACGGUGUCCUUGAUAAGACUUGUGGGUUUUAAUAACCUUUAUAUCUAUUCAUAUAUCUAAUCUCGUCUUGUAGGGAAUUCUUUUUGCCUUUUCUAGAGAUACUUUCAAAAACAAACUCCUGCCAAACAUUUUAUGAAGAACUUUCUUUGGUUGUGGAGAAACCAGAUUCAAAUUUCUUUGUAGAGAAAUUGCAUCAACUAAGACUUUGUAUGCUUUUUUAUUUCUUUCAAUGAUUGUAAAUAUUUGAGUAUUUAUUAGAUUAGAGCAGUUUGUUCUUCUCAUCUGAGCCAAAUGUUACCUGUGUGCAAUGUUCCCUCUUUUCUAACUACAUCAUGUAAGAUUUUUGUAUAGCAGAAGUACAUUUCUCUAAACCCCUUUUUUUGGUAGAAUUUAUCUUGUUAAAUACUGUAGACUUCUUUUCUUUGUAAUUAAUGCACUCUACUGUUUCAUAAUGCUGUAACUUGUAGAAAUUGUGUAUAUUUAUUUCCUGCUUAUUUAAGUUCUUGUAAAUUCCUUUUUUCUUUUGAAUUUUACUUAGUAUAUAUGGAAAUAGUGAUUGAUCAGUUUAGAGCACUGUCUACUAGUUUGACGUAGCUGAUGCUGUUCUAGAUUUUUAAAAACUCUUCGUUUCUUCACAUCUCUGUUGCUGCCUUCCCUAUCUUAUGUUUUUUAAGUGUUCAAAUAUGAAGAUAGGGAUUGAGUUCAAAUCUGUAUUUGGGGAAAUAACUGCACAUAUUAGAGGACCACAUUCAGCAUCGCCUUAGGUCAGUGGUUCUCAAUCUGUUGGUCUCCAGAUGUUUUGGCCUUCAACUCCCAGAAAUCCUAACAGCUGGUAAACUGGCUGAAAUUUCUGGGAGUUGUAGCCCCAAACACCUGGGGACCCACAGAUUGAGAACCACUGCCUUAGGUAAAGGUAAAGAUUUCCCUUGACAUUAAGUCUAGUCGAGUCCGAUUCUGGGAGUCGUGCUCAUCUCCAUUUCUGAGCUGAAGAGCCAGCUUAUCCAUAGACUCCUCCUAGGUCACGUGGUCAGCAUGACUGCAUGGAGUGCCGUUACCUUCCCACAGGCGCGGUACCUAUUGAUCUACUCACAUUUGCAUGUUUUCGAACUGCUAGGUUGGCAGAAGCUAGGGCUAGCAACAGGAGCUCACCCCAUCCCAUGGAUUGGAACCGCCGACCUUCCGGUCAGCAAGUUCAGCAGCUUAGUGGUUUAACCCGCUGCGCCACCAUGGUCCUUAGUAUCACCUUAGCACAGGCCUGGGCAAACUUGGGCCCUCCGGGUGUAUUGGACUUCAACUCCCACAAUUCCUAACAGCCUACCGGCUGUUAGGAAUUGUGGGAGUUGAAGUCCAAUACACCCGGAGGACUCAAGUUUGCCCAUGCCUGCCUUAGCAGCUUUGAAUAUUAAUUCCUUCCAAUAACAUUGUGGGAACCAACUGUGGCUUAGAAUGAACAUUUUAUUUAACCAACAUGCAGUGCUCUGAACUAGUCAGUCUUUAAUAACAGAUAAAUGUACCCUGAAAACCCAUUUGCAUGCAGCAUUAGUCCACAGAAAACAUCACCAUCACAGAUUUGUUGCAACGUCAUUCGGUGCUGGUUCGAAUCUUUUAGGUGCUUCCGUUUCUUCCUUCAAUCCUGCUUGAAGUAAGUAAGGGCUAUUUAAGACCUGGUCCCUUGACCUCAGUUUACGAGGCUUGGGAAAUGGCUGUUACCUCAUGAGCUAAAGAAGUACCUGCAGGUUAUUUGAGAACUACUAAGUGUUUAGCGGGAAGACUGAAAUUUUGCACCCACUUGUUACUGUAUGGCAGCGCCUUUAUCAUCAGGUACAAACUUCCAUGUAGCACUGAUCCUGUACUGAUUAAUCACUAAUGUUAUUUCAUAGAACCCAGCAUAUGUAGCAUUUUUAUUGCAGUUUCCCUGGCUUACUUGUGUUUUGCACUGAUGAAAAUUUGACAGGGUAAUUGCCACUUUACUUGUGCAAUACUGCUGUAAAUAACUGCAGAUCUUUUUUUUUUAAGAUGCAAUCUUUUAUGUUAAUAAUUAAUUUUAUAUGAAUAAAACUUUCAACUAUUGA